UCUAUAUACGCUAUUAAGGCGCGUCGUAAAAGAAAGUUAUGUUUUUGAAAGUUUUAUUAUUAACAUUAUUUUUGGUUGUUUGGCAAAAAAGUGCUGCAACAGCUAAAGAAAGAAAGAAUGUCGUCUGUUAUCAUGGCACCUGGUCCACAUACCGUCAAUCUUUGGGAAAAUUCGAUGUAAGUUCAGACAUCGAUCCAUUUCUAUGCACUCAUCUUAUGUAUGCAUUCUUUGGCAUUGAAGACAAUGGAGAUUUGAGAAUUAUCGAUCCCUACUUGGAUUUGGAAGAUAAUUUUGGACGUGGAAAUAUACGAAAGUUUAAUGCAUUGAAAUUGCAAAAUCCCACAUUGAAAACCUUGGCCGCGGUAGGUGGUUGGAAUGAGGGCUCCAAGAAAUUUUCAAUUGUUGCCGCAGAUCCAGCUAAGCGAGAGAGAUUUGUCAAGACAGUGGUACAAUUUCUACAAAAGCAUAGCUUUGAUGGUCUGGACUUGGACUGGGAAUAUCCAAAUCAAAGGCAUAAUUUACAAAACGAUGACCGCAAUAAUUUUUUGCAAUUGAUAAAAGAACUUAAGGAAGGAUUGGAACCCUUUGGCUAUAUUUUAACUGCUGCUGUGGGUUCAGUGGAAUUUUCUGCCAACUUAUCCUAUGAUAUACCUGAAAUGAUGAAAUAUCUGGACUUUGUUAAUGUUAUGGCCUACGAUUUGCAUGGUCCUUGGGAUUCAGUGGUGGGUAUAAACGCUCCCCUGUAUUCCGGACGCUUAGAUACUUCGAAACGUGCUAAGAUGUUAAAUUUCGAUGCCAUAGUGAAAUAUUGGUUGAAUCAAGGUGGACGCCGUGAUAAAUUGGUAAUGGGCGUCCCGUUCUAUGGUCGCUCAUUCACCCUGGAGGACCCCAACAAUCAUGGCGUCGGUGCGCCACAAAUUGGUCGUGGAAUGGCCGGUCAAUAUUCGGUGGAACCUGGCGUAAUUGGCUACAAUGAAUUGUGUGAAAAGUUCCAAACGGAAAAAAACGCUUGGCAUCUUGAAUGGGAAAGUGAUCAGAAGGUACCCUAUGCCUACAAUGAUCGCAAUUGGGUAGGAUAUGAGAAUGAAAAGAGUAUAGCCCUAAAAUCCGAGUAUGUGCUAAAAGAAGAUUUAGCUGGCAUUAUGGUGUGGUCUAUCGAAUCUGACGAUUUUCGUGGUACAUGCAGUGCGAUGCGUUACCCUCUAUUGACAUUAAUCAACAACAUCUUGAAUGGUAGUACUUAUCGUCCUUCCCAGGCUAUGGUAAUGCCGCCUGCAAAUCAGCAGAUGGAUUCAAACAUUGGUGGAGUUUUUGCUCCCCAAUGCCAAGGAAAAUCAGGUUAUGUUCGUGACAGCCAAGAUUGUGGCAGAUUCUAUUUCUGCGAGAAAGGAGUAGCUCACAGUUUUCAGUGUCCCACAUCAUUACAUUUCGAUUUGGACAGUUUGAAUUGUAAUUAUGCAACAAUGGUUAAUUGUUGAAUGGGAUUUCUGUCAAUGUCUGUCUUGGUAUA